UCAAAUUUUCUGCAUGAGACAGAAUAAAUUAGCAAGCUAAAUAUUACAAUAGUGACUUGCAGUGGAUACUUGAAUUUAAACCCCUUGUUAAAUGUAGAUCAAGAAAGACAACACCUGACUGCACCUCACAGGUAGAUACUACCAAAAUCUACAGGUAACACGUCACAAGAAAUUUAUACAAGUGUACAGAAAUGUAACUGAACUGGAUUUUAAUCAGGGAGGGCAGCCGCCAUUACUGUGGGAAGAGAGAGUCCUAGAUCUGAUGAUGGACCCCCGUACCAGUGCCCAGGAUCUAAUGCGAUGUGACCUGUGUGAGACCGCCAUGGUACAGAUGUACUGUGAUACGUGCCUCGUCAACCUGUGUAAGGCUUGCGUGGGAGAACACAUGAUAUCAGAUGUUUGCCAGGAUCCCAAGGUCGUUAAAUUCAAGUCCAGGAAAUCCACCCCCCUCUACCCUGGAUGUACCUCUCAUGACAAAGAACGCUGUGAAAUGUACUGUGAUCCGUGUCAUAUCCCGGUCUGCAUUACUUGCGUUGCCUCAGAUCAACAUUUAGGGCAUAAAAUAUUGAAAAUAAUGCAAAUGUUGGACGAAAAGAAAGAAAAGAUUACCAAAGAGAAAAAUGAAUUAAAUGAUACAAUUUAUCCAGCCUACCAGGACAUUGUAUCUGAUGUACAAAACAGAAUGAUUCAGUUAGAAAAGAAAUAUGGAGAUCUCUUAACAGCCAUAACAAAACAUGGAGAGGACUGGCACAGAGAAAUUGACAAACUCGUCCAGAAACUGAAAGCUGACGUGGAGGAGAUGAAAACCACACAGUUACACACUCUACAGAAACAUCUGGAUGAAGUGAACAAGAAACUCUCUGACAUCAACGAUGAAGUCAAUUCAAUUGAUGUUGCUUUGGACUCGAAUGACAUGUCAAAAGUAUUCCGUGUUAUGCCUAAUGUAGAUGAAUACAAAAAGCUUCCACAGAAAAUUCUGCCAUCUUUACCUAAAUUCACCCCAGGAAGAAUUCAAGGACAAAAACUAUGUAAACUGUUUGGAACGUUAUCAUCAAUUUCUGUCCAAUCAGAAGAACAUGGUUACAGUAUAAAGACAACACAGAAAUCCCCAGAAGCUGCAUCCUCUCCUGUCAUCAAACAGCUGCUUGAUGAACCACAGACUGUCACCACCAUACGCACUGGGUUUGAAUACCUUUAUGAUGUGGCCUGUCUGAGUGAUGAAGAAAUCUGGGCACGUGGGAAUAACAGCACCAUGAAACUCUUCAGCAUCAAUCAGGGAUCACUUCUCAAGUCAAUCACAACCAAAUCCGGGAAUGUUCCAUGGGACCUAGCAGUGACAAACAGUGGGGAUCUGGUUUAUACUGAUUACAAAGAUAGAACUGUGAACAUUGUGAAGAAUGAAGAGAUACAGACCGUGAUCAAACUACAGAACUGGAAACCCCGUGGUGUCUGCAGUACCUCCUCUGGAGAUCUCCUGGUUAUCAUGGACAAUGAUGAUAGGAAACAAUACAAACAAUCCAAAGUUGUCCGUUACUCUGGCUCCACAGAGACACAAACCAUUCAGUUUGAUGAUCAGGGUCAACCCCUCUAUUCAUCUUAUAACAAUAGAUACAUCUGUGAGAACAGAAACCUGGAUAUCUGUGUGGCUGACUGUGGAGCUGCAGCAGUAGUGGUGGUCAAUCAGGCCGGGAAAUUGAGAUUCAGGUACACUGGACAUACUCCUGCUCCACAAAACCAAUCAUUCGAUCCACGAGGAAUCACCACAGACAGUCAGAGUCACAUCCUUACAGCUGAUAUUAACAAUCAUUGUGUCCACAUCAUAGAGCAGGACGGACAGUUCCUCCGUUACAUAGACUGGGGACUAAGUGAACCCUGGGGACUGUGUAUAGAUAUAAAUGACAAUGUGUUUGUUGCGCAAUUAAGAAACAAACAAGUGAAGAAAAUGAAAUAUCAGCCGUAAAAUUAAACAUGGUGGAUUUAGAUAGAGGCACUGCAGUACCCAGGUAUAUCUCUUGAAAACUGGGAGGGGGAAGAUUUCACUUAAAGCAUGCAAUUUUCUAUCUUAAAGGACACAUCACAUGUUUCUAAACUUUUUAAUUUUUUCAGCAAAAUUAAUUCAUUUCAUGCCUAAAACUACUUUACAUGCAUUUUAAAUGAAACGGUUUGCGUAGUUUUCGAGUUUAAAAGUGAUGAAAUUCAAAUCUUGCGAUAUGCAUAUUUUCUUCGAUAUUUUACGCGCCAUUAUCUGUGACGUCAUAUGCGACCUCGAGCAAGAUGGUUUGAAAACAGUUGUUUGCCAUUUCAUAAACAGAUUAGAUUUAAUUGACAAAAAAACCAACAAAAAACCAAUUAUCACAUUAAUGGAUUGUAAAUAACACUGCAUAUGGGUGUUUUGUGCCGUUUAAGCGUGUACUUACUGUCAGUAGAGAGGAUUUAGACAGGUUUUUUUUCACUUUUUGAAGGAAGGUAUGAGGGAAAAGACAUGAAUAAUUUUUGUUGGCACAACGACUUUGCCAUAAAAACAAGAGUACCGCAAACGGUACAUAAUACGCCCAUGAAAAGCUAAUAUAGAGUGUUUUUCUCACACCAUGAAUUGCAGAACUUGGCUUUAAGUAGUAUCAGCAAUCAUCAGGGUGUGACAUACAAUAUGUGUACUUUCUUUGCAUUGUAAAAUCAAGACUGUAAUGAAGUUGAUUCAGUUUUGCUGAUUUAGCGUUUUGUAUUUUUCGUUUGUUUUGGUUUUGAUGCGAAUGGGUUAUCGUAAGAGUGAGUCGGGUGUGAGUUAUUUUUAGUUGCUAGUAUAAUAGAGACUGGUUUGGCUGGCUGUAAGUUAGAUAGGGCACGGUAUCGACAUCAGCCGAGUGCCACAUUGACAGGUCCUAGAAGUUCAGGGGAUGGUUAUUUUCCUGUCAUAUUUUAUGUAGAACAUUGUGAGAAAUAUAACUACUGAAAUAGGAGUUUGUUUGGAGGGCACAUCUUUUUCCUAGCCGGUAAGCGUGUUUUGUUUGUAUUCUGAUAGUUCGUGAGUAUUAAUAUUUAGUUUAGCACGGUUUUAUUAUUUGUCAGUUCUCGGUUUCUUGUUUGGUUGCAAGUUGGUAGUUUUUUAUGAAAUUAAUUUCAGUGCGUACAUGGGUGUUUAACAAAACCAGUUUCAACCCGAAGGCAGGCAGAGAGUUGCAGGAUUCAGAUAUACGGAGGUCCAUGAGGAUAGCUCGUGUAAGGCUUGUAUGGUGGUGGAUUGUUUUCCAUUCUGGGCGUGCUUAUCGCAAGUUGGCGGGAAACCAGAACAAUGUCUUCAGAGUGCAGAUUAGUUACAUUAUAAAGUUAAAGUAACUCGAAAUUUAGAAACAAACCCAAGGAAUAUUAUAUUAAAGAAAAGGAGAAUUGAAUAUUGGAACUUUUUCUAAAUUAUACUACUUUUGAAUAUUGUUUUAACUUGAAAAGUUAAUACCUGUACAUUUGCCUUACAUCUGAUACGCACUAUCAAACUUUUCAAAAGAACUGUUUACAACGUAUCAGAUAUCUAUAUUGCCAAUUGCUUAUUCAUGUAAAUUUGUGUUGAGAGUGAAAGGAGUGAAUGUGCAUAUCUUUUUUUUUUUUAUUAUUUAUUUAUUUAAACAAUAAAUUUGUUCUUGUUUAUUCUACAA